AUGAAUCAAUAUAAACUUUAUAUAGUUUCCUAAGGGAAUGAACAGCAUCCUACUCCAUAGUAAUUAGAGAAAAUUAUUAUCCUACUCCAUUAAGUGAAUGACUUCAUAAGCGAAGGUCAUAAAUUUAAUCUAGUUUAUAGGUUUCUUUGGUAGACAAGAUCGAAACUAUGAUUUAUAUAUAUGGGUUUUCCAGAUAAUAAUUACAUUAAAAUGCCCGAUUUGUCUAUCAACACUCCAACAACAGAUAUUAUUAAGCUUAACUCUAGAUUUAGUAUCUUUUUAUUUAUCAUACUAAGUGAGAAAAUUCGAUAUGAUAGUCAUCCAAUCUCCUACUUUUUAGUCAGUAAGACUAUAGAAGCAUUAAGAUUUUUGA